CCGGCCACGUGGGAGCUCCAGUACCUCUAAUGGCAAUUAUCCGGCUGAUGUAGUGGCCAGCUCGGUUACCACUACCUCCCACACCACCAACAACGACGGUCCUUCUCUCUCUCCUUACGGUUCCAUCUACCGUUCACGGCAGGCCUGAGCACGUAUUCCCUCUUUUCCACUGAUACCAGGCUGCUGUCGCAUGCCGUGCAUCUUCCUCUCUUUUCAUCAUGGCCCUUCGUUUUCAAUCCAACUACAAUUUUACAGAUGUUCCCAUUCCCACUACACGGCAGCCCCCAACCACUGGCACCACCAUUCGUCGUGCAAAGACUCUUACACGCCCAGAACGUAGUGUCGCUCCCGUACCCCUCAUCAAUCCCCAAUCUUCGUCACCCUCAUCUCCUUCACGCCCAACCAACGACUACAACGGCUCGAAUGCAUGGAGGUUGUUUAGUCGCGUGGUCACAUUUUGGGCGCCUGGUUUCCUUCUCAGCUCAGUCGGAGGGUUGAAGGACAAAGCUACUCAGCAAGCAUGGCGGGAAAAGAUGACGCUGUGUUUUUUGAUCUUAAUCCUUUGUUGCUGCGUGGGUUUCAUUACUGUCGGUUUCCAGAAGGUCCUUUGCCCAAGUUCGGGCAGCGCAAAUACCGAAUUUGUUCGACUGGGUACGCAGUCGGGCACAGUAGGUGUUCAGGGUCACCUGUACAACGUCACAUCUGCGAAAUCUACUUCCAAUGUUUCGUUCUCAUCACUCGGCCAAAACGGUGGUCAGGAUAUUACUCAGCUGUUCACGAGGAGCGCCUCCGACUUCUCAGCAUGUACAGGCCUCAGCUUUCGAGUAGCACUCGAUGCCCCUUGCUCCACUACAAACCCAUGUUCGCUCGGAAAUCUCAACUCAUCUUCCACCUUCUCCAAUCUUGAUAUGGAAGAUACGGGAUACAUCGUUGGCUAUUCGUGGGAACAGGUUGCCGCCUCAUCCAGCUACUUCGUCAUUGAUGGUGCCGUACUGAAUAUGACCACCUACAUAAACCUCCAUCCAAAUUCCAUACCGUCCGAUAAUGUUGAUGCUGCCCUUCGCACCCUCUUAUAUAAUCAAGACACGAGCUCAGGAAAGGAUGGCACUCGUCUUUUUUCCAGCCGCUCCGACCUUCAAUCAUCCGUCAAAUGUUUGAAGGAGAGAUAUUACGCAGGCAACAUUGACAAAAUUACUCCAGGAUGCUUUGUCUCUUCCUUGAUUCUAUAUGCGGGUCUCAUCGUCGUACUUGGACUUGUGUUCGUACGCUUCGUCAUGGCCUGUAUUUUUAAUUGGUUCCUGUCGGAGCGAUUAGCCGGCCCACCAAAUAGCAGGGACUUAGAGAGAUCCGCUAUUAGCCCUGCAGUUAUGCCAGAGGGUGCCAAUGUGUCCAUUGACAAUAAAAAUGGCACAGCACCUUGGGCGGGUCCUGCCGGGAGUGCGAGGAAGCUGAACAACAAGUCCAACAUGAACAAAUCUGCCCGCUCAUUCGCUUCGGCAUCAUCAACGACGCUCACCAACUCGUCCUCAGACGGUACUGCUGCGCCUAUCAUGAAUUUGGCUUCCAUUGGUCGAGAAUUGUUCGCCGUAUGCCUAGUAACCUGUUAUUCCGAAGGAGAGGAGUCGCUCAGGACUACUCUGGAUUCAAUAUCACGAACGACGUACAGUGAUCAGCGCAAACUUCUGUUCGUCGUGGCGGACGGGAUGAUUACUGGCGCUGGGGAGAAGAUGAGCACACCAGACAUUUGCGUGGGACUCCUUGAUGCAGAUCCGCGUUUUGGAAACCCAAUGCCUAUGCUGUAUUCUGCUGUUGGAUCUGGGGAAAAGGUUCAAAACAGGGCCAUGGUGUAUGCCGGUCACUAUACCACCGCCGGCCGUCGAACGCCCACCGUCAUUGUUGUCAAAUGUGGCACGGAAAGUGAGGCAGCUACUGGGAAGAAGCCCGGCAACAGAGGGAAACGCGACAGCCAGCUUAUCCUCAUGAACUUCUUUUCUCGCGUCACAUACAACGACCGGAUGACGCCCCUAGACUUCGAUCUUUUCCGCAAAAUCCAUGUUCUCAUGGGUGUAACCCCCGAUUUCUUUGAAGUCUGUUUGAUGGUGGAUGCGGAUACCAAGGUAUUCCCCGAGUCUUUGGGUCAUCUCGUCAAUUGCAUGCAUCAUGAUCCGAUGAUCAUGGGCGUUUGCGGGGAGACCCGCAUAGCGAACAAACGGGGGUCAUGGGUGACAAGCAUUCAGGUCUUCGAAUACUUCAUUUCCCACCACCUUGCCAAGGCCUUCGAGUCCGUCUUUGGAGGUGUUUCCUGUCUUCCCGGGUGUUUUUCCAUGUUCCGCCUUAAAGCACGGAGAAGUACAGGCGAUGAUUGGGUUCCCUUGAUCAUAAAGCCAGAGAUUGUGAAGGAGUAUAGUCAGAGCGAGGUGACAACUCUUCACCAAAAGAACCUUCUAUUGUUGGGAGAAGAUCGUUUCCUUACUACCAUUCUUCUACGAACAUUUCCAAACCGCAAAAUGAUGUUCUUACCGCAGGCGCGGUGUAGAACUGUUGUUCCCGACACGUUCUCGGUUCUUCUGUCCCAGCGGCGACGGUGGAUCAACUCCACGAUUCACAACCUCAUGGAGCUAGUUCUUGUGCGUAAUCUCUGUGGGACAUUCUGCUUUAGUAUGCAGUUUGUUGUAUUCAUGGAUUUGGUCGGAACUGUGGUUCUUCCUAUCGCCAUUGCGUUGACAUAUAUGUUGAUCGUUGGAAUGGCGCUAGAUCCACCACAUUCGUUCGAAGAAGCGAUACCCCUCAUUCUCCUCGUUGCCGUUCUAGGUUUGCCUGCUAUCCUCAUUCUGAUAACGACGCGGAAGAUUGUGUAUGUCGCUUGGAUGUGCAUAUAUCUUCUUGCUCUACCUAUAUGGAAUUUUGUUCUUCCUGUAUAUUCCUUUUGGCACUUUGACGAUUUCUCUUGGGGAGAAACAAGGAAGGUUGAAGGCGAAGCAAAAGAUGCCGGUCAUGGAGGCUCUGGCGGGCGUUUCAACGGUGAAGCUAUUCCAAUGCGCCGGUGGGAAGACUGGGAAAGGUCUAGGCUGCGUAAACUUCGCCGCGAUGAGCGUCGGCGGAGAGAUCUCGAACGCGCACAUCCUGGAGGAUACUAUGCGGGAGAUGGAGAUCUGCUAAGCGCACGGUCGGAUGCCAGAAGCCAGUAUGACGGUUCUGACACCAUAUCUCUGGCAUCUUCAUCAGAAGACGACCAGUGGGGGACACAAAUCGGCGGUUACAACGAGCAUAAUGCGCAAUAUCCACUACCUCCAGUUGCUCUGCUGAUACCUGAAGAAGAAACUCUUCAGUCAGCAAAGACACUUGACGGUGCGGAGCUGGAGGCCAUGCUAGAAAUGGGCUUUGAUGACCGACCUCGUCCCGCAUAUCAUAGCCCUGCACCACGAUACCAGCUCACGGACACUUCUACCACCCAACUGGUGAAUGUUGGUGACGACAGUUAUUCACCCUUAUCACGAUCUACCUCGCCCGGAAUGCUACCGAACAUACACUCACCGACUUCACCAAGUAUGUCUUCAAACGAGAGUUGGACACCCGCUGGUGGUCGGCCUGGAGGGCAGCGCGGUCCAGGUGACCGAUAUGGCCCACUUGGUCCUCUAGACCCUUCUACGAGAUUUUGAACGAAACGAAUGGACCUUUUCUUUUCUUCGGUUGGUGUUUGGAUUGCCCAUAUAUCGCUUUGUUUGCUAUACCAUCAUCACCCAUCUACCGCAUAUCAUGUCAUCCCAUGUUUAUGUUGCAGCUUGCACCCAUGGAAUACCUCAACUUAGAUCAUCCGCUCUAAUUGCCCUGUCGUCAUACAGUGACUUAUUCAAGUAUUAGUUUGGCUACCUCAUCGAUUUUGUCUUGUCGCUCACUCUUGCAUCCAUAGUAUUAACAGAUUUUUGUUUGCUCUUACUAUGUCUUUUCUACUUUUCUGAGAUUCAAUGGACGGUAAAAUGCAGGUUAUCAGCGAGAAUUUGUGAACAGUAAUGGAAAAUUCGCUGUUAGAUGCAAUAACAGGGCAGAGGACGAUAGAACGUACAUGUCAAGGAUUUCGUCG